AAGUUGUUUUCCCGUUGAAAUAUAACAGGGGCUAGCCCUACUGCUACUUCGAAUCAUCGGUCCUCCUCAAAGUGACAAUAUUUGAGGCCGAACAAGAGAUAACGAUUGGCACAACUUAGUUCUUAAAUACAUAUGGAUAGCAUAAUCUUGUGUACCUGCGAGAUAAACGCAGGAGUUGAAAAGCUCUGCUCCUUCCUGUUUGAAAGAUGUCGACGAAAGGAGGGCUGACAAACAGGCAAACAGCCAUCGGAUCAAAACAACACUUUAUAUAUUUCCUUUCACAUUGUGAAAAAGUAACAAGAACAAGUUAGGCAUAACAAUGAGUUUUUCAAGUUGAAAAUAAAUUAGACAUCGACCAGCAUCAGUCUUCUCGUCGUCGCUCUGCAUGGUCCCUGUUGGAUAUCUCCAACAGGGUAUCAGUCUCUCACAUGCUGUCACUCAGCCUUCCCCGCAGUCUUGGAUAACGCAGAAUCUUUUGUUGCUAGGCAGCGCUUGUCUCUAUAAACGGUUGCUAGAAGGGGGCCGGGCGGCCGGUGAACACAACAUCCUCCUCUCUUGUUCAGCGUCAUCAUGACCUGCUCAAACAGGAGAAGAAACUGACAGAUACAGAGAGACCCAGGAAGAAGGAGGGUGAGCCGAGGGGAACACACAAGCACAACCAUGGCCCCUUGGACCAGGACCGAGGGAUAUGGUGUAGCAAAGUGGAAUUUCAUUGGCCAAGGGGAGAAGCAACUGUCCCUGGAGGUGGGCGACACAGUGCAGAUCCAGGAGGCCUGCGAGGGAUGGUACAAAGGCUACCUGACCAGGAACAAAGCCCUGCAGGGAGCGUUCCCAGCCAGCUUCGUCCAGCUGAAGGAUGCCAUCUCAGAGAGGAGAGGGAAGCAGGAGCAGGCGGUGUCGUCGGAGAUGCCCCUGGUCAAGGAGGUGACCACCACCCUGAGGGAGUGGGGCAGCAUAUGGAAGCAGCUCUUCGUGUCCAACAAGGGGGGCCGGGUGGAGCAGGUCCAGGGGCUGAUGUGGGAGCUGAUAGAGUGGCGCUCCCAGCUGCUCUCCGGGACUCUGCCCAACGACGAGUUCAAGGACCUCAAGCAGAAGGUCACCUCCAAGAUCGACUACGGAAACAAGAUCCUGGAGCUUGACCUGGUGGUCCGGGACUGCAGCGGGAGCAUCCUGGACCCGGAGCGCGCGAGCGUGAUCAGCCUGUUCCGGGCCCACGAGGAGGCCACCACCAAGAUCAACGAGCGCAUCAAGGAGGAGCAGUCCAACGUGCAGGCUGACCAUUCGGCCAUGUCGGCCCGCAUCCAGUCCUCGCCGACCCACAGCCUCUACGUGUUCGUCAGGAACUUUGUGUGUCGCAUCGGAGAGGACUCUGAGCUCUUCAUGUCCCUGUACGACCCCAACAAACAGACCAUAAUCAGUGAGAACUACAUGGUGCGCUGGGGCAAGAAAGGCUUCCCGAGGGAGAUCGAAAUGCUGAACAACCUGAAAGUUGUCUUUACGGACUUGGGGAACAAGGACCUGAACAGAGAGAGGAUCUUCCUCAUCUGUCAGAUCGUGAGAGUGGGCAUGAUGGAUCUGAAGGAGAACACAAAGAAGUGCACUCAGAACCUCAGACGGCCGUUCGGGGUGGCAGUGAUGGACAUCAGUGACAUCAUCAAGGGGAAGACGGAUUGUGAUGAAGACAAGCAGCAUUUCAUCCCCUUCCAUCCGGUGGUGGCUGAGAAUGACUUCCUCCACACGUUGUUGAACAAAGUGACGGCAUCACGAGGAGACAGUGGAGGUCAAGGACUAUGGGUGACCAUGAAGGCCUUGGUUGGCGACAUCGUACACAUCCGCAAGGAGCACCCCCACCUGGUGGACCGCAGUACUGCGGUGGCGCGCAAGCUGGGCUUCCCCGAGAUCAUCAUGCCGGGGGACGUUCGCAACGACAUCUACCUCACCCUGCAGGGCGGCGACUUCGACAAGUACAACAAGACCACGCAGAAGAACGUGGAGGUCAUCAUGCUGGUGUGCGACGAGCAGGGGAAGGUGGUACCGAACUCCAUCUGUCUGGGAGCCGGCGAUAAGGCCGUCAACGAGUACAGAUCUGUCAUCUACUACCAAAUCAAACAGCCCCGCUGGAUGGAGACCAUUAAGGUGUCCAUCCCGCUGGAGGAAAUGCAGAGGAUCCAUUUGCGCUUCAUGUUCCGACACCGCUCCUCGCAAGAGUCCAAGGAUAAGAGUGAGAAGAACUUUGCCAUGGCGUUUGUCCGUUUGCUGAAGGAUGACGGGACGGUCCUACAGGACGGCCUUCAUGACCUGGUGGUCUUCAAGGGUGACAGUAAGCGCAUGGAGGACGUGGGCUCCUACCUGUUGCUGCCCUCCACACGCUCCCAGCAGGGGGACCCCCACAAGGCGGGGGGCCUGGGCCGCAGCUCCAGCAACCUGUCGGGCGGCGGGGGGGGGGGCUUGUCGGUCAGCUCCAGGGACAGCUUCGCCAUCUCUACCCUGGUCUGCUCCACCAAACUCACCCAGAACGUGGGCCUGCUGGGGCUGUUGAAGUGGAGGACUCGACCGGAACUUCUCAGGGAAAACCUGGAGAAGCUCAAACUCAUUGAUGGAGAGGAGGUGGUCAAGUUCCUGCAGGACACCCUGGACGCCUUGUUUAACAUAAUGAUGGAGCACUCGCAGACUGACGACUACGACUUCCUCGUCUUCGACGCCCUGAUUUACAUCAUAGGUCUGAUUGCCGACAGGAAGUUCCAGCAUUUCAACACGGUGUUGGAGGCCUACAUCAAGCAGCACUUCAGCGCCACACUGGCCUACAAGAAGCUGAUGUCGGUGUUGAAGAACUACCUGGACGUGUGCAGCCGGGGGGACCACUGUGAGAACAUCCUGCGGACCCUCAAGGCCUUGGAGUACAUCUUCAAAUUCAUCGUCCGCUCCCGCAUGCUCUACUCCCAGCUCUACGAAGGGAAGGAGCAAGAGGAGUUUGAGCAGUCUCUGAGGAGACUGUUUGAGUCCAUAAACAGCUUGAUGAGGACUGACUACACCACCACCCUGCUGUUGAGGGUAGCCGCUCUGAAGUACCUCCCCACCGUCUUGCAUGAUGUUGAAAAGGUGUUUGAUGCCACGCUCCUGAGUCAGCUCCUGCACGACUUCUACACCUGCUUUUCCCCCGAGAAGCUCCAGAAGCAGAAGGUCAUCUCCAUGACGGAGAUUGUCAGCAGCCGUCUCUUCCAGAAACAAGAGUGCCGUGACGUGCUGCUACCCAUGAUGCUGCGGGAGCUGAGCGGGGCGCUGGCAACCAUGGCCGACGGCCCGCACGACGAGCGCCGAAACAGUCUGGAGCUGCUCAACAACAUCCUGGAGGUCCUGAGCCGGGACAACGUGGGGGAAACCUUCCAGCAUGUCCAGGACAUUGUGAUGUCUCUCCUGCGGACCAUCAACUGCACAGUGAUCACCAUGGGCCGAGAGCACGCCCUCAUCGCCAGGGUGGUUGCCUGCAUGACGGCCAUCCUCAGCCAGAUGGACAACCGCCACUACGCCUCCUACAUCGAGACCUUCAGCGGCACCACGGACCUGGUGGACUUCUUGAUGGAGAGCUUCCUGCUGUUUAAGGACCUGAUCGACGGCCAGCACGUGUAUCCCUCCGACUGGAUGGCUAUGAUCAUGGUUCAGAACAGAGUCUUCCUGAGAGCCAUUAACACCUAUGCUGAAACCAUGAACCACAUGUUCCUGAACAACAAUGUCUUUGAAGUACAGCUGUGGAAUAACUACUUCCACUUAGCGGUGGCCUUUAUUACCCAGGAGUCUUUGCAGCUUCAGCACUUCUCCCACACCAAGAGGAACAAGAUCCUGGCCAAGUAUGGAGACAUGAGGAGGCUCAUUGGUUUCUCCAUCCGGGACAUCUGGUACAAGCUGGGGAGCCACAAGAUCAACUUCAUCCCGGGAAUGGUGGGGCCCAUCCUGGAGAUGACUCUGAUCCCGGAGGAGGAGCUAAGGAGAGCCACGCUGCCCAUCUUCUCAGACAUGAUGACCUGCGAACACACACACUUCGGCAACUUCCACAAGUUUGAGAACGAGAUCAUCCUGAACCUGGACCACCAGGUGGAGGGGGGAGGCGGAGACGUGAGAUACAUGGAGCUGUUGGAGACAAUUUUGCUGGAGGACGCCGCGGAGAAGACGGUGCUGAAGUCAGAGGUGGAGCGCUUUGUUGCCCUGGUGAAGGGUCUCCUGCUCCGUCUCCUUGACUACCGCACCGUCAGGAGCGAUGACAGCCGGAACAACCGCAUGAGCUGCACUGUCAAUCUGCUGAACUUUUACAAGGAUAUCAAUCGAGAGGCGAUGUACAUCAGGUACCUUUACAAACUGAGGGACCUUCACCUGGACUGUGACCACUACACAGAGGCAGCCUACACCUUGCUGCUUCACUCCCGCUUGCUCAAGUGGUCGGACGACCUGUCUAGUCCCCAUCUUGAGUUCCACGGCUCCCAGACCCAGCGCCAAAUGAAGGAGACCCUGUACGACAUCAUCAUCGACUACUUCGACAAGGGAAAGAUGUGGGAGGAGGCGAUAACCCUGUGUAAAGAGCUCUCGGAGCAGUACGAGAACGAGAUAUUUGACUACGAGUUACUGAGCAAGAGACUGGAGAAGCAGGCAAAGUUCUACGAGAACAUCAUGAAGAUCCUGAGGCCCAAGCCCGACUACUUUGCGGUGGGCUACUACGGCCAGGGGUUCCCCCUGUUUCUCAGGAACAAGGUGUUCAUCCACAGGGGCAAGGAGUACGAACGCAGGGAGGACUUCCAGCACGAGCUGAUGAGCCAGUUCCCCAGCGCCCUGCGCCUCAACACCACCACCAUGCCUGGGGACGACAUCUGGGACUCUCCCCUGCAGUACCUGCAGUGCUUCACGGUGCAGCCCGUCCUGGAGAUGCCCCCCCGCCUGAAGAACAAGCCCGUCCCUGAUCAGAUCAUCAACUUCUACAAGUGCAACUACGUGCAGCGCUUCCACUACUCCAGGCCCGUGAAGAAGGGGCCCGUGGACCCCAACAACGAGUUUGUGUCCAUGUGGAUAGAACGCACCACCUUCACCACCAUCUACAAGCUCCCCGGGAUCCUGCGCUGGUUCGAGGCCACAGAGAUGAAACAGACCACCCUCUCCCCGUUGGAGAACGCCAUCGAGACCAUGGAGUUCACCAACGAGAAGAUCCUGGCCCUGAUCAACCAGUACCAGACGGACCUCAGCCUGGCCAUCAACCCCCUGUCCAUGCUGCUCAACGGCAUCGUGGACCCCGCCGUCAUGGGCGGCUUCGCCAAGUACGAGAAGGCCUUCUUCACUGAGGAGUUCACCCAGCAGCACCCGGAGGACCACGACAAGCUGCUGCGUCUCAAGGACCUCAUCGCCUGGCAGAUCCCGCUGCUGGGCGCCGGCAUCUGUUUGCACGGCAAGAGGGUGAUGGAGGACCUGCGGCCCUUCCACGAGCGCAUGGAGGAGUGCUUCAAGCAGAUGAGGAAGAAGGUGGAGACGCAGUACGGCGUGCGAGAGCUGCCUGACAUGGAGGACAGGAAGUCCAGCCGGCCUCGCUCCAUGCUGCGCUCCAUGCGUCAGUCGGUCAUCUCCAUCAGCUCCCUGCAGGGGUCCGAGUGCGGAACACCCACCAGGACCCAACCGGACAGGGACUUCCCCCCCCCUGAGGCCGUGGGGGUCCGGCUACGCUCCAGCGGCAGCCUCAGUCUGAGCCUGACGGAGGAGGUUCCCGGGGAGGCGGAGGUGAAGCUGAGGAAGAGCAAGAAGAAGAGGAAGAGGAGCAGCAUGAUCUUCAUCUCCGAGGAGAGGGAGAGGACCGCCACCCUGGACGGAAAACGGCUGUCGAAGAAGCAGGAGUUCCGCAGCGACACCAACCUGACCGACGUGAAUGAUAUGGUUCUGACCAACGCCAACUCCAAAUCCCUGCCUGCUAUUGGAGGUCUGUCCCUACAGGUAGUGGGGGCGGCCGAGGAGGUGGACUCGGGCCGGUCCAGGCGGGACAGUAAGUCCAUGUCCAUAUGCGCUGGCUCAGACAGGACCGCCGACAGACGCUCCAAGGGGGUCCUGAAUCUUUUUUUCAAGAAUAAGGUUUCCAAAUCUGAAGAUGUGAAGACGAGUGCCUCAUCCAAAGACAACAUCAAUCAUUUCUGAUAUUUAUCAUCACUUUUUUUGUAUUCCUUGGUGCCAUCACUGGAUUGAUGAGAAAAUUGAACAAACAAGUGCCGAUGAGCAAUGAUGAAAGGUUUGAAUUAUGCCAUGAAAUGCAACAUGGUUGCUUGCUCUUUAUAACUUGCUUACUGCACUGAUUCAGUGCCUCCUCUUUUAUAUAAUUCAGUGUCACUAUUCAAUGUCGCCAUUUUGUAUUUGACUGACACAUUUUGCUAAUAGGAGAAUUUUAAUAGAGGCAAACGGCAACCAGCAGCUUUCAAACUGAUUGAGCUUCUGCAAGAUUGGGCAUUCACAAAACAAUCUAUUGACACGCUUGACUGAAGCACUUCUUGUUACGACAGUUAUGUGAUUAACGAAACCCGAUGAAUCGCUAGUAAACCUCCUUUUGUCAGUUUUACUAUGGAUCUUGUCGUGCUGCCAAAUGACCUGGUACAUUAUGAAAAUCGGACAGGUCCAUUUUAAUAUAGCGGAGCAGAAAGACUAGUGCAGACACUGCUGUUAAGAUAAAUCAACAUCUUAUUUCACAAUAAAAGUUUUGACCUCAAGAGUUGAAUUGACUGUUAAAUGGCUUCUAGUUCCUGUAAACUCUCAGUGCAUUUCUAAUAGUGAUGGAUUCAAUGAUUAUUUUCCUUUGAUUCAGUUUGCGUCGGUCAGUUUGCCAAAAAGAGUCGUUCAGAUUUGUUUGUUUGUUUGUUCGUCCGGUCGAGUUUCCGGUAGCGGUGAAUCGAAUCAUGGAACGCACGGUUCUCAGUUGAGUCAGUCCGACUCAGCUCCUCCCUCGUUCUCAUUCUCAAACGAUCGUGGAAGUCGGUCAUCAAUCAACACAACAUUACAACUUGAACCAAACGCAGCGGGAUGGGGGGUGUAGUUGUUUAUUGGAUGUUUAACAUAUCAGCAAGAUAAUAGACUUGAUUUAGCAAUGAUGGUUGGGGUCCCGGUUGGAGAACGAACCAUGAAAGAACGAGACAGAUUAACGAGACAUUCAAAUAUUUGAUUAAUCUGGCAUGACACAGAAAGUACAAAGACAGCAUGAAUUUACCAUUUCACUGAUAUUGAAUCGUGUUAUGUACGCUUGUUCACUAAGCCUCUUCCUUCUUCACCACUCAGUCAAUGAACUAACAGCGAGUCACCGACUAGUUCCUCAACGGGGGCGGUAGAGCCCCCUGGGGGGCGCUCGCACAACCUAGGGGGCGCUGGGAACGUGAUUCCCUUUUUUUUGGGGAGAUUUUAAACUUUCAUUGUUUAUUUUGGGCAAAAAAAUUAGACACCUGAAAUAAAUAGCCUAUUUUCAUUUAUUGGUUUCUAACACCUCUACCGUCUCAGCUACUUUUUUACUGUCUAUGCGCAGUGGAACAGUGAUAAUACAGCGCGGUUCGGUCCUGCACACGACCGGACUCCCGUUACAUCAGCUAUCGUCAUGAUCUCUAUAGUAACGCUGAUAAACAUAACCCAAGUUCGCGGGUUAACAGUUAAAUAACUAACCCAACACAAUCAAACAUGGCCGAUAGCAAGAAAAAAAUAUUAAAUUUAGUUUCAUAGCAUUUUCCUCCUUCCUCUUGCUGUUGUUGAAUUCCAGCUGCUCUGAGCGCAGUCUCCACGAAAAGACUGUUGCAUUUCACAUACAAAAUAUAUAGGCCUAAUUAGGCCUCUGCGUGUGAUCAGCGUUGCCCGGGCCGCAGUGCCCGUGGUUCCCGGGCCAUUCAUUCAUUCGUUCAUGGGGCACGGCGGGAGUCGCGGGAGACGAGGGAGUAGUCGCGGUGCCCAAGGUCACAGUGCCCGGGCCGCCGCGGCCGGGGCACGACGGGAGAUGUGGCGGCCGGGAGUCGCGGGAGUGCCCGCACCGCGGUCAUGGUGAAUGAAUGUUCAAUCCAACCAUUUCUUCCUCAACUCUUCUUUCUUGGCCAAUAGAUCUCACUCACUCACUCACUCACUCACUCACUCACUCACUCACAAUCCCACCCUGUCACUCUGGAAGUUUAAUUGGGUUUAUUACAAUGAUGGACAGUGCUGUUAGCCAAUCAGAGGUUAGACAUUUGCAUGUCAUGAAUAUUCAAUAAUAUUUUUAUAUUUUUUGCACCAAAACCGACUCAGAGGGCAUUCAUUGCUAUUAUUGACCA